ACUUUUAAUAAAAAAUGCAAGCAAAGAAACGUUAUUUCUUUCUAUUUUUAUCGUGUUUCUUUGGAUUAUAUUGUUUUUCCAAUAUUCUUAACAUAAAUAAUGAGAAUAUCAGAAAAAGCCGUAAGAAUCAGUUGCCUGAGUUUGCAACCAUAGAAGAAUUAACUGAGUCACCUUCUCGAAAGAAAAGAAAUCCUCAAGCAACAACAAAGUCAUGUAGAAUGCAAACAUGCUUCGAUUUCUCGAAUUGUGGCAGUGAACCGAAAGUGUACGUCUACCCUACCGAUGGACCUGUUAGUGCUACGUACCGUAAAGUUCUAUCAGUGAUACGAGAAUCAAGAUAUGCGACUCAUGAUCCAAGCGAAGCCUGUUUGUUUAUACCGGCAGUAGAUACUUUGGAUGCAGACCCUUUGUCUCCUGAGCAUAUUCCAGAUGUAGCAUCAAGGCUCUCACGUCUUCCAUAUUGGAAAAAUGGCCGCAAUCAUCUAAUUUUCAACUUAUAUGCAGGAACUUGGCCUGACUAUGCAGAGGGCGCUUUAGGAUUUGACUCAGGUGAUGCUAUAAUGGCGAGAGCUAGUGCUUCGGAGACGAUUUUUCGUGAUGGAUUCGAUAUCUCGCUACCGCUUUUUCAUAAAGAACAUCCUGAACGUGGUGGUGCACCACCUGCAGCCACUGGUAACCCAUUUCCUGCUCCUCGUAAACAUUUACUUGCAUUUAAAGGGAAACGCUAUGUCCAUGGAAUAGGUAGUGAGACAAGAAACUCUUUAUGGCAUUUGCAUGACGGUAGCAAUCUUAUUUUAGUUACUACUUGUAGGCAUGGAAAAUCUUGGAAAGAUUUAAGAGAUGAAAGGUGUGAUGAAGAUAAUAGGGAAUAUGACAAAUUUGAUUAUGAGCAGUUAUUAGCAAACUCAACAUUUUGUUUAGUCGCCCGUGGAAGGAGACUUGGAUCCUACCGCUUCUUGGAAGCUUUGGCAGCUGGAUGCGUCCCAGUGUUGUUAAGUAAUAGCUGGAGAUUGCCUUUUGAUGAACGCAUUGACUGGAGACGAGCUGUAAUUUGGGCUGAUGAGCGACUAUUGUUACAAGUACCAGAAUUAGUUCGAUCUGUUCCUCCUGAGCGUGUUCUUGCUUUGAGGCAACAGACACAGCUUUUGUGGGAACAAUAUUUUUCAUCAAUUGAGAAAAUAGUGUUUACUACAAUAGAGAUUCUUUUGGAAAGAAUAACGGCUCAUCGGUUAUCGCGCCAGCGUGAAGCGUUAAUCUGGAACGCGUCCCCGGGCGCGCUGGGCACGCUGCCGACGUACGGCGACUCGCGCGCGCAGCUGCCCGCGGGCGCGCCCGCGCCGCCCGCGCCCGCCGCGCCCGCGCCGCCGCCGCGCCCGCUGCCCGCGCCCUCCGUGCCGCUCGCCGCGCCGCCCGCCACGCCCGGCCGCACCUACACCGCGCUGCUCUACGCGCAAACCACCUCCCCGGCUCUGCACAAACUUCUCGCGAACAUUGCGACCAGCGAGUUUUGUGAAAAAGUUGUACUUGUGUGGGACAGUGAACGAGCUGCCCCGACACUAAAAUCACUUCCGAGGAUGGCUGGAGAUCUACGAGAUCCUUUGCCUGUCGUAGUUAUAGAUGCCACAACACAUUAUCCUGGAGAGGGAGUCUCAGCUCGUUGGCAACCACUUUGGGCAAUUCCAACUGCUGCAGUAUUUUCUUUGGACGGUGAUGCACCAUUACUGGCCGAAGAACUAGAUUUCGCCUUUCGCGUAUGGCAACACUUUCCAGAUAGAAUAGUCGGCUAUCCUGCUCGAAAUCACUACUGGGAUGAAUCAAAGGUGUCGUGGGGCUACAGCAGCAAGUGGGGCGGCUCGUACUCCAUGGUGCUGCCGGGCGCGGCGCUGGUGCACCGCGCGCUGCUGGCGCUGUACGGCGCCGCCGCGCCCGCGCUGCGCCUGGCCGUGCGGCGCGCGCGCAACUGCGAGGACAUCCUGCUCAACUGCCUCGCCGCGCACCUCUCGCGCCGCCCGCCGCUCAAGCUGGCGCAGCGCCGCCGCUACAAGCCCGCCGCGCACCACCGGUCGUCGUGGAGCGACCCCGAGCACUUCGUUCAGAGACAGUCGUGUCUGAACACGUUCGCGUCGGCCUGGGGCUACAUGCCGCUCGUGCGCUCCGUACUGCGACUCGACCCUAUUCUAUUUAAGGACCCAGUGUCGACGUUACGGAAAAAAUAUAGAAAAAUGGAAUUAGUGACUUCAUAAUUCAUAUAUAUAUAUAUUAAUGUAUUAUAAUUAGAAAAUUAGUAAACUUUGAGUGAUAUACGAUACGAUACGAUACGAUACGAUAGUAUAACUUUUAUCUUGUUCUAGUCUUAGUCGUAAAAUGCAUAAUUAUGUAAACAUAUCUGUUUUGUUAUACUUCUGCACAUAUUGUUUUAAAUAAAGAUCAUUUUAUCUACAA